UGUGGCAGUUACACAAGGCAUUAUGAAACAUACCUCACAAAAGAUGGAGGAUUCGAGCUUCCAAUAUGUGCAUGUGACACGUUCACCAGCUCUGCUCUGAAUAUAAAUAGUAUUACAGUAGACAGGGAAAUCAUCUGAUCGAAGGCGCUGGAGGUUUGAAUACAAUGGCAUUGAGAAGAGCUUUAUCACGCCUGCUGGUGAACUCACAGAGAUGUUCUCUGAUCUCUGUGUCAAGAGCCCAGGGCACUUCAGCCCCUGCUGCAUACGAGACAGAGGAGCAAGCGAAAAAAGCAGCGAAAACCCCUAAGGUGCAGUUUAACUGGCGUGAUGCGUUGGAUCUGGAAGGACUGCUCACAGAGGAGGAGAUCAUGAUCAGAGACAGUUUCCGCACAUACUGCCAGGAGAAGCUCAUGCCCCGUAUCCUCAUGGCCAACAGGAAUGAACAUUUCCAUCGAGAGAUUUUAAACGAGAUGGGAGAGCUUGGUGUCCUUGGGCCUACGAUUCAAGGAUAUGGCUGUGCGGGCACCAGUUACGUGGCGUACGGUCUGAUCGCCAGGGAGGUGGAGAGAGUGGACAGUGGCUACCGUUCAGUUAUGAGUGUCCAGUCCUCACUAGUCAUGCACCCUAUCAACGCAUAUGGAACAGAAGCACAGAAACAGAAAUACCUGCCUAAGCUGGCUCGUGGAGAGAUUCUGGGCUGUUUUGGACUUACAGAACCAAACCAUGGCAGUGACCCUGGUGGCAUGGAGACCAAAGCCAAAUACAACCCCUCCAGCAGGACAUAUACCAUCAGUGGGGCAAAAACAUGGAUCACCAACUCCCCAUACGCUGAUAUCUGUGUGGUGUGGGCCAAAUGUGAGGAUGGCAGAGUGAGAGGGUUUGUCCUGGAGAGAGGAAUGAAUGGCCUGAGCACCCCAAAGAUAGAGGGCAAGUUCUCCCUCAGGGCCUCAGCCACCGGGAUGAUCCUAAUGGACGAGGUUGAAGUGCCAGAGGAAAACCUGCUGCCCCAUGUGUCUGGUCUUGCUGGUCCCUUUGGCUGCCUGAAUAACGCCCGUUACGGCAUCGCGUGGGGCGCUCUGGGUGCUGCAGAAUUUUGUUUCCACGCUGCCCGCCAGUACACUCUGGACAGAAUCCAGUUCGGGGUCCCUCUGGCCAGAAACCAGCUGAUACAGAAGAAGAUGGCAGACAUGCUGACAGAGAUUACAAUCGGCCUGCAGUCCUGUUUACAGCUGGGCAGACUCAUCGACCAAAAGAAAUACAAUCCAGAGAUGAUCUCCAUGCUGAAACGAAACUCGUGUGGGAAAGCCCUGGACAUCGCCCGGCAGGCCAGAGACAUGCUGGGAGGAAACGGCAUAGCAGACGAAUACCACAUCAUACGCCAUGUCUUGAACCUAGAGGCCGUCAACACAUAUGAAGGCACUCAUGACAUCCAUGCUUUGAUCUUGGGCAGAGCCAUCACUGGACUCCAGUCUUUUACUGUUGGAAAAUAAACCCAUAUUUCUCACUGAACGAGGUUGUAAUGGGAAAUAUUUACUUGACAUCCAUCCAUAAGUGCCUCUGUGUGGUCUCAAAUCUUUCGGUUUGUAAAUGGGUCUUAAAUCUGUACGGACAAAUCUUCGACGGGAUCUUCUCUCUGGGGUACUGGAUCGACAUGAAUUAAAAUGUCACGCUACAAAGACAGUUGCAUUAUGAAACAGUGAAUGAUCUUGUGGUAAAGUUAAUUAUUGAAAGUCAUUGAUCCACAUUAUUCAUUGGUACAAUGAUCAUAAGAACUUAAUAAUGAAAGACAAUUCAUAGUGGUUUCAAAAUACUGUUGAAAACAGGUUUUUAGUCAAGGGUGCCAGACAUCCUGCUCGCACUUUAGACUCGCUGAUCAUUGUCGAUCUCUUCUCUUGUAAAUUGUGUUGUAUUUAUUGAGUCCUGAAAAUAAAUGAAAUAUCAGUA